AUGGGUGUCCCCUUCGAGGCUUUGCUGCCGUACGCUAUCAUGACCGGCUUCUUCGCAUUCAGCGCCGUGUCUGUUGGAAAGCUCAAGGAGAUGCAGAACGGAGGAAAGAGGACCAGGCGAGGAAUCGACGCUUGGGACAGGCAAAGUACGACACCCACGAUGACCUCAUGCGCAAGACCAGCCACUAAACACACCGCAGUGAUGGAGCGCGACCGUCGCCUGACCGGAUUCAUGCGAGGACAGACCGACAAGGCCGAGGCGCCCGCCGGCUUUGAGCUCAACAACCCAUGGAGGUGCGAGCAACGAUUCAUCUAA